AGGGAGUUCCUGGGAAGUUAAAAUCUAAGCUGUGCCAGAGCCAACCGUGUGAUUUGUUGUGGAAACAAGAUGAAAACCGUCAGCUUCCAUUCUGUUAUCCGUCUCCCAGAUUAUCUUCGUGCAUCACUACAUAACGUAGGGGCAACCGUCCUGGAUUAGACGCGUAGAAAGAAAGGGAGUGUGCUCCCACGGCAAGCGACAAAACAAGAGAUUGUGGUGUCAGCGAAAUGCAGCAGACGAGGAGACUCUCCACACCAGACAUGUAAACAUGCAGCAAAUGAGAAGAUACCAAACAUCUGAUCUGAUAUCUUGGAUUUCCUGUAAUCAUCACCAAGACCCUUCACCCCUGAGGACAACAAACCGCAUCCUUGUGAGCAGAAGGACAACCCUGAGUAAAGACAACAUAAUGAAAUAGAAUAUUUAGGGGGAAAGUCACCCGAUUUUGUGAAUGGACAAGUUGUGAAGUCAGUACUGCCUUUCUGCCUCUAAACCUCUGCAGUAUUUAUCUGGUAAAUAUGUAGAGUGUGAAUCCAGUUCAGAUAGACUUCUCUCACCAUCAAGUACCUGCAUUUUCAAGAAAAACAGCCUGAAGCGACGUUGUGAAUAGACUUUGAAGCUUGGUGGUUUGCUGGAUCCAACCCUGAAGAUGCUCCAGACCGGCAACUACUCACUGGUGCUGCUGAUCCAGCUGGCACUGUUGGCCUAUGACCUCUUUGUCAACUCCUUCAGUGAACUCCUGAGAGGAGCGCCUGUCAUCCAACUAGUGCUUUUCAUCAUCCAGGACAUCGCCAUCUUGUUCAGCGUGAUCAUCAUUCUGCUGAUGAUGUUCAAUACCUACGUGUUCCAGGUCGGCCUGGUGUCCUUGUUACUGGAGAGGUUCAGGGCUCUGCUGGUGUUCUCAGCUCUUUACCUGACCCUCAGCAUCUGCUUCCACUGCUGGGUGAUGAACCUCAGGUGGCUUGAUUCGAACCGUUUUGUUUGGACAGAUGGUCUUCAAACUCUCUUUGUUUUCCAGAGAACAGCUGCAGUGUUGUAUUACUACUUAUACAAGCGCACAGCGGAGUAUAUGGGAGAUCCGAGGCUGUACGAGGACUCGUUAUGGCUGCGUGAUGCCUUUGCCAGAGCUCGUCAGUGAAGGAGGGGACAGGGGAGAGAGAGACCUCCUGAAGUGCCCUUUUGACAUGAUAACACUGGCAUUAUCAUCAGCUAAAAAGGACACUUGGAAAAUGUUCAACUACUAAAGACUAUUCAAUGGGCUGGUGUUCAACACUAACAGGUAAAGAGGAUGUAGUGAAGUCUCAACCACAGUUUGUGUUUACUGGCUCCUCAUAGCCAAGUGGGCAGCCACUUAAAUGGUUUACAGUGGCAGGUAAGCCAGCCAUGGCACAUAUAGUAUUGCAUUAAUCAGGAUUGGGUCUGUUAAUCUAUGUGGCCUUUGUAAAUCAAUUUGGGUUGCAGACAGAAUGAAAGCAUGUCUAAAGUUUCGAGAAGAACUGUUACAGAUGCAGAUUUAUUUUGAUGUAACAUUUGUAGAUCAUCAUGUAGUAGUAUCUUAGUUGGAGAAGCCCUGUUUCACAAAGGAAGAAACCUGUGGGUUUAUUUUGCCUUAUGUAAGGUUAGUAUGUGCUUUUUACAUGGUUAAUGUAAUUCCAAUAAGCCAAUUUUCCUGUGAAUGCAGUUGUCUUGAGGUGGGGAUCUUUGAAUUGUGUUCCCACUGUUUUUAUUAAAUAAUCCCUCUCUAA